AUGGAGAUGCUGAGGGAUAAAAGGCUCAUGUUUGUCGGGGAUUCGGUACAAAGAAGCAUGUUCGAGUCAAUGGUCUGCUUAGUACAAUCCCAACUCCCGAAAGAUGUAAGAACCACUCUACAACGGGUGCCUCCGAGUAAAAUUUUCAAUGUCGAGGAAUUCAAUGCAUCUAUUGAGUACUACUGGGCUCCUUUCCUAACAGAGUCCAUAUCAGACAAUGCCAUAAACCACACCGUUUUUAAGCGUCUCGUGAGGCUCGACUCGGUCACCAAACACAGCCAAGAAUGGGAGGGGGCCCACAUUUUGGUCUUCGAGAGCUACAUUUGGUGGAUGCACAAACCCACCAUAAACGCAACGUUCGGAUCUCUAAACAAUGUCCGGGAAUAUAACGUGACAAGUGCAUAUAGAUUAGCGUUGAAAACAUGGGCAAAUUGGGUCGAGUCGAGCAUUAAUCCAAGAACUCAAAAGAUCUUUUUCGCAACAAUGUCCCCAACACACUUAUGGAGUUGGGAAUGGAAACCCGGAAUGGGUGGAACAUGCUUCAACGAGACAUACCCGAUUGAACAGGAAUCCUACUGGGGAACGGGUUCGAGUCUCAAUAUUAUGGGAACAGUCAAAGACAUUCUUGGACACCUAAAGGCUAAGGUAACAGUGCUAAAUAUUACUCAGCUUUCUGAAUACAGAAAAGAUGGACACACUUCAGUCUAUGGGGAAAGAAAAGGCAAACUCUUGACUAAAGAACAGAGAUCGGACCCGAAUAAUUUUGCCGACUGUAUUCACUGGUGCUUACCUGGAGUCCCUGACACGUGGAACGAGAUUUUGUACGCACUUCUUUUGCAAGAUUAUCGUUCGUAG